AUUUACUUUAUAAUAAUAUCAUCUAUUAGUUACCUAAAUGUUUUUGGUAAUUUUUCAGGGACUCAACAUAAUGUGAUAUUAGAGCCUGAACCUUGGGGGUUACCAUUGAAUGAAAUAUUAUUGCCUGAACAUUUAAAUAAAUUAGGUUAUACAUCUCAUGCCGUUGGCAAAUGGCAUUUGGGUUACUUCAAGAAAGCUUACACACCAACAUACCGGGGAUUCAAAAGCUUUUAUGGUUUCUGGAAUGGAUAUCAAGAUUAUUAUACACAUAUGGUCCAAGCAACUUUUGCAUCUUUUGAAGGGUUUGAUAUGAGGCGCGAUUUAAAUCCUGACUGGUCAAGUGUAGGGAAAUAUUCAACACAUUUAUUCACCAAGGAAGCCACUGAUAUUAUAACGAAACAUAAUAAUUCUGUGCCAUUGUUUUUGUACCUCGCCCAUUUGGCUCCACACGCAGGCACUUACGAAAAUCCAUUACAAGCACCCCAAGAAGACAUAAAUAGUUUUCAAUCGAUCAAAGACAAGUACCGCCGUAAAUAUGCUGGUAUGAUGAAAAAUCUUGAUAAUUCGGUAGCUGAAGUUUUUAACGCAUUACAUACAAAUAACAUGCUUGAUAAUACAAUAUUUGUAUUUGUAUCAGACAAUGGAGCUCCAACUAAUGGUAUCCACAGAAAUUAUGGUUCCAAUUGGCCGUUGAAAGGAGAAAAAGCUACACCUUGGGAAGGUGGCAUUCGAACUGCAGCAUUCGUAUGGAGUAAAUUAUUAUCGAAAAAGAAAACGCUUCCAAAUCCACUGAUGCAUAUUUCUGAUUGGUUACCUACAUUAUACCAAGCAGCAGGUGGAAAUACUCAAGAUCUAGGUGCUAUUGAUGGUAUAAGUAUGUGGGAAUCAUUUUCAAAUAAUAUAAAAUCUCCAAGAAAACAAAUAUUACAUAAUAUCGAUGACAUAACUGGUUACGCGGCAAUUAGAGAUACUAACUUCAAAUAUAUAAAAGGAAGUACAUUCUUAGGCUAUCUUGAUUAUUGGUCAGGAUCGUUGUCCCCAAGUACAAUCCGUUAUAAUGUUGAUGCUAUAUUGAACAGUACUACGGCCGGCAUACUGUCACAAAUAAAUGGAGAUAGUUUAACGCCGUCUUUGAUCGAGUCAUUGCGCAACAGUUCGACAGUACGGUGCGAUUUCGAGAAAGACAUGAAACCAUGUAAGCCAUUCAUAAAACCGUGUUUAUUUCACAUUGUCAAAGAUCCCUGUGAACUGGUAAAUUUGAAUUACAAACCAAACAGCAAAAUGAGAAAGUUUGUAGAGGCGAAAAUUGACUAUUUCGAGACAUCUUUGGGAAAAUUCAGAGAAUCUGCGUCCAAGCCCAUGAACGUGAGGGGUACCAAAGAUGCAAAUCCUGCUUUGUACAACAACACGUGGAUCAGCUGGGAUGAUCAUCAACAUAGUAUUUGAAUAAUUGAUUCAACAUGUUCGCACGUUUGAAUUAUAUUUGAAUUUAAAAUUAAAAAAUUGUCAGACUUUAAUUUAAUUAUAUUAUUCGUAUAAGCUAUAAAUAUCACAUAUCAAAAACAUACCUAUCUAUAAUAAAUAUCAAAACAUACAUAUUAUAUAUUUGUUUAUGGCUUUAGGCAGUGGUGUAUUAACGGGGGGGGGGGGGAAUCAAGGGAAUCAAUCCUCCCCAAAGGCUGUAUAUGAUAUGCAAAAAUCCUAACUUAAGACCUCUAACUUUAAAGGCCGGGC